AGCAGGGCGGCUGGGCGAGGGGCUUCGUUACAGAAGCAGCCAAGAUGGCCAGCAAAGGUGAGGUGUACAGACCAAGGAACGCAGGCACCGGGGCAGCAGUCAGUCCGAAAGGCAUUCGGGGCAGCUUGCAGUGGGAGCUUCAGUGACGGUUCUGCACAGGACACUUUGGUUGGGGACCAGACUGGGGCGUGGUGGGCCGGUCUCACGCGUGUCUGGAAGCUUCUUCAUUGGAGCCACCCUGACCUGUUGGGGCUACUAUUUUGGGGGGUCAUUUCGUAGCUGGACUUUCGGACUUCCUACUUGUCGUCAGGAUUUACAGGGCUAACUGAUCGGUGAGAAAGCAGACCUAGGGUCAGAAUAGUGAGUGAUGGACCUGAUCUACUGGCGGGAAAUGGAGCGGACAGGGAUCGUGUUCACGGGGCUGGUGGUGGGUCUGCUCUGCAUGUUCCAGCUCAGCGCCAUCACCGUGGUCUCUCAUCUCUCCCUGGCUGUGAUGUGCUUCACCGUUCCCGUGCGCCUCCUCUUCAAGGUCCUGGAGCUGCUGCGCUGGAGCAGUGGGGCCCACCCUUUCCAGUCCUUCCUGGACACUGACAGCACGCUGACGGAGGAUCAGACUGUGUUUUACGUUCACCGCAUUGUUGUCAUGUUGGCCACUGGCGUCACGGAAGUCAAUCGGUUGCUUUUCGUCGCCAGCCUGUUCGACACGCUCAAGUUCAUUUUGCUGAUGUACCUAUUGACCUACGUGGGAGUUCUCUGCAAUGGCCUCACCCUGCUGAUCAUUGGUGUGAUUUGUGUCUUCUCCCUGCCCCUGUUCUACAAACGACAACAGGAACGGAUCGACAAGGUUGUGAGGGCAGUCACGUCUUGUACAAAAAAAAUCAAAAACCUAUUUCGGCAGUUGGCUCAGAUGGCCAAACGCACCCCUGCUCCUGCACCCCCACCCCCACCCACACACGGACCCAAAUCCAGAACCAAAUCAAAAUAAGGAUAGGGAGAAAAUGCAGGGCUACAGGCUGUCACUCAUUUGUCUUAACGCAAUAGCCUGUGUGCAGGGACUGGUGAGGCGGGGUCUGCUGAGUCACAAUUGGGUGGGAGGUUCUUGGGUGUGUGUGUUUUUUUAAUCUUUUCAUAUAAGAAAGUGCUUUGAUGGGGAGACUGAUUUAAAAUAGUGGCAUCAUGGACUUUGGUCGUGGAAGUAUUUACAGAUAGAAUUAAUCUGGUUCGGUAUUCAAAUUAGGUUCAUCCUGGUGUCAAAUCAAACAAUUAGACCGGUCAUGGACAUGUGCAGUUUCUGAGAGAGCCAGAGCCAGUUUUUGCUAGUGUUAUUCAGCUAUUGUUACUUCUGCAGGAGUAACUGCUGCAGUACUGGGUGAAUGCAGGCCUCUCGUCCAAAUAUAACAGCUUCAAUGAAGUAAUUCAAUGAUGAGCAUUGAAUAGAAAACCAGAAACCAAAGACUUAAAUUUGUAUGUGUGUGUGUGUGUGUGGUAUGGUGGGGGGGGAACUGCUUUUCAGAAGCACUAUUAAACUACUUUGUUCUUUCUUUUAUGCACUUUGCCCCAUAAAAUUACAGCAAUCUUUAAUCUCAUAGUGACUGUCCCUAGAAAGCAAUCCCAAAGUGGCAGCAGUAGGAGCCGUGAUCAGAUGGUGUUUCUGUCAUUCGGGUCAUGGCAAGGGGCUCUCUGUGUGCCAGUAACUGUGUGCACGUCUUUGUUCAUAAUCUGAGGAGCUGUGGCAGAGUCGGGAGGUUAGAUGCUUAGUGUAAGGUACUCACCUCUCAGGCUGUAAGGAAUCAGCCAGUCUCAGUCCGGAACACCGCGUCAUAAUGGAUCAGCCUCGGUGCAUUGCUUACAUGGGAUAGGAUGGCCUUUCUCGGGCCAUGGUCCACUCACAACUGCCAAAUUCUCUCUUGUCUGUGCCUUCACCCACCCCUGCCCAGAGGCAUAUGUGACUGACAAUUACCAGGCAACUCAUGCUGAAUACAAAUGCAAGGUGUGGCAGGCUAAAGCAAGAUACAUUGCCAGACAUAAAGGUCUUCACACGUGAUGUGUGUGAGCCAGGUUAUGUCAGAACAGGGACAGGAGAAAAAACGUGAUCGCCAUCAAGCACCUGAGUUGGGAAACAGAUCAUCCAGUCCACGCUUUAAUUACUCCCAUCAGUUCCCCCUAACUGGACAGAUUAUGCCACCGUGGCCCCUGUCCAGAUGGACAUGGACACCAGAAUGGCUUGUAAACACCUCUCCUGACCUCUGUAAAAACAAGGGAUAUGAAAACUUGGCUGUCACAUUUUAAGUCUCUAAUCAGCUCACCCUUAAUCACAUUCUACAGCUUGUGAGAAUGUGGCAGUUGUUUAUAGUUUUUACCCUUGUACUGACGUUCAGGAGAAGUUGCAGGGUUGCCAACAUGCUUUUAAAGAAUGCCUAGGUAUCACUGAGGCAGUAGGUGUGAGCCAUUGACAUGUAACUAAGCCCUACCCCUCCCCCCUGAAUCCUGGAAAGACUGACUGUCCUCUCUGCAUAGAGAUUUCUGCCCCUCAUUGUCAUGUGAUUGCUCUAGCACUCUCUUUGUCUUUCAAACUGUCAUGGCAAUUUGUGCAGACACAGUU